CCUUUUACAGUAUUAGAGCGCUGCGAAACAAAUUAGUUUUCCUCCGAUCUUUUGUAGCGUUUGUGUGCCUAUACCUGACAACGUUGUGGGAUAGUUCUAGUGCAUAUUUAGCGUAUUAACAUAUCGAGUAAGAUGGAUGUCGUGCCUCCGUUGACCCUCCUAGUAACUACUGCAUUCAUCUUAAGUAUCUUCUUCACCUUUCAAGCUGGUGUUGGUCCAGAUUCCGAGUAUUCAUUAGGUUUCUUUCGAAACUCAAUUUUCAACCUCUCUAACAACGUCCCGACACCCAUAACUCCGGCCGGUUACACCUUCGCAAUUUGGGGUUUGAUCUACUCCUGGUUUGGUGCUUGGGUGAUCUACGUCAUCACAACUCUCUUCAGGACGAACGAUAAGGGUCCUGUAUAUCUUAACCCUCCUACAACCACUCCUGAGUUUCUCAUUGCAGUAUGGCUGAAUCUUACACUCAGUGUGACAUGGUUAUUUGCCAUCGAUCGAAGGGCCUUUUUUCUGGGCUUAGCGACCUUGUCUGGAAUGGCAACGACGCUCUACGUAGCAAUAUCCAUAGCAACGACCAGAGUUUAUCAAUAUCUAUUUGUCUUCAAGGAAUAUGGAAUAUUCGAUUUGUGGGCCAACCGUAUUUUGAUACAGAAUGGACUUGCUAUAUAUGCUACUUAUAUAACAGAAGCAACAAGAGUCCAGUUCGCCAUUAUUCUAAUAUAUACGUUUGGAAUAGACGAAGACACUACAACCUACAUUUGUUUUGCGGUCCUCGCUACCCAACUUAUCACUUAUUUCUUCCUGGACUGUUUCGUUUACGAUCGAUACUUCCGAUAUAUUCUUAUCGUCUACCCGACAGUUAUGUGGAAUUUGGGCGGAAUCCUUGUCGCUAACAUUCGUGAUCCCAACAGUCCUCAAGCGGUCAUUGGAUCGACACUCUUUGCCCUCGUCUUCGUCUUCUUCGUCAUCAAAACCAUCUUGGUCAUCGUUCGCGACCCCGUAUACGUCAUCGCUAAACAGAGAAAGCCUGAUAAGGCCGCUUACACGCAACUCACUUAG